GCUCAGCACGGUCUGAGCACCAAGCUGCAGGGUCAGAGCUGGAUGUGGGGUGCAAGCGCCCCAGCAGUGUGCCCUGCGGAUGGGACAUCCCACAGCGAGCAGAGCGGCAGCAAGCUGUGAACUCUCUCACCCACACAGCGCAGAGCCGCCCCAUGCAUGCCUUCCUCCCGCCCCUCCCAGCACCGCCAGAAAUAGCUCGAGCCCUGGUGCCCGGUUCACAGUUCCUCCAGCGGGCUGCCAGCUCCUCCAGAGCCCCACGACCCACAUCCCCAGCCCUGGGACUGGAUCCUGACCCCGCAGGCACCGCCCCGAGCACCGCACCGCCUCCUCCUCAUCUCCUCCAGCGCCCGAUGGCCGCCAACGCUCCGCUCGGGGACAACAGCAGCGUGGCCUCAUGCUCCGUGGAUGCCGCCUUCGCGCAGCGCUUCCUGCCCAGCGUGUACCUGGUGGUGACCCCGCUGGGGCUGGUGGGGAACGUGCUGGGGCUGUGCCAACUGCACGCCGGCCCCCGCGGCCCGCUCAGCCUGCUGGUGGGACACCUGGGCCUGGCCGACCUGCUGUACGUCUGCACGCUGCCCUUCCUCAUCAGCUACUACCUGCAGGGACGCGCCUGGGCCUUCGGGCAGGCCUGGUGCCGCCUCACCCGCGGGCUCUUCCACCUCAACCUCUACGCCAGCAUCGGUUUCCUCACCUGCAUCAGUGUGCACCGCUACCUGGGCAUCGUGCACCCGCUGCGGGCGCGGGGCCGCUGCCAGGCCGCCAUGUCGCCAGGCCGGCUCAGCGCGGCCGUGUGGCUGUGGGUCAUCGCGCAGGUGGGCCCCGACUUCGCCUUCAGCAAGAUGGACCCCAGGGGGACGCAGUGCCAUGACACGACGGGGGAUGAAAGCCUGGGUGCCUACGUGCCCUACACCGCCGCCAUCACCGUGACAGGGUUCGUCAUCCCCUUCCUCAUCAUCAUCGGGUGCUACUGCCACGUGGUGGUGGUGCUCUGCAGGAGUGACACGGUAGAGCCCGGCCUCAGGAGGAGCAGCAUCAGGCUGGUGGUGCUCGUCAUGGUCCUCUUCUCUGUCUGUUUCCUGCCCUAUCACAUCUUCAGGAACCUCAACUUGCUGUCCCGAGCCUGGCAGCGGCGAGGGCACUGCACACAGGCCAUGAAGGACAUCUACGUCUCCUACCAAGUGACCAGGGGCCUGGCCAGCUUCAACAGCGCGCUCAACCCCCUGCUCUAUGUCAUGACCAGCAAAGACUGCAUGUCACGCAUGAGGAACAUCCACCAAAGGGCCAAGGAAACCCUGGGAUCCAUCUUCACAUGGGAAUCCUCUAACCAAGCCCAUGAGACAAGGAACAGCAUCGUCUUCAGGGAGCAGGAGGCUUCUGAGCAGCUCUGAUCAGCGUGGCACCUCCCCGACAGCUGCACACAUCAGCUUGAGCUUUUCCCCACCUGAAGCACGCCUUGCGCUGGAAUGCAUGACCGGAGCACUGAGACUUGGAGCAGCAGAUUUCAGAAGGAGCACAUGAGUUAGAACUGCCUCAUGCCUGGAGAGCACGGCCCCACGCAGGAUGCAGACAGAAUGAAGCCUGACCUGUCCCACCCAGCUGUUGCUCACACAGACUGACCUCUCUGCUCCACGGAGGAGGCCACAGUGGCAAUCACACAGAGCUAACACAUCUGAGGUGCAAAUAAACACUUAACGCUUUCACUUGCGCUCCUCUGUCUUCUUCUAGAGCUCAGUGGCAGCACAGGAGCUGGCUGCCCUGGGGAACAGAGCAGGGGCAAAUGUUAGCUCUGCUCCUCUCCGCACACCCAGCUCUCAUCCCAUGCCCCCACACUGUUGUUAAGGGUGAGUUAAAGAUCUGCAUCCCAAGAACCAGCCCUGAGCCCAGGAGCUGCAGCAUCUCAUGCUUCCACAUCCCACGUCGGUUGCACCAGCAGAAGCCAUUGGGAUCUGCACGCAGCAACGAUGGCUCUGGGGUUUGGUGGCACCUCGUGCUUCGCAGCCCUCCUGAUCCUCAAGGAGCAUCACCCUCCAUGCAAGCUAAAGAAAAAAAAAAAAACACCCUCCUCAAACCCAGCCAAGCUCCUUCCUUUAAUUAGCUGCGUGCAUAAUUAAGGACAACCACUGGCACAUGAGCCUGCCUGGCUCUCAGUUGUGCCAUGGAGCAGCAAAGCAGCCCCCUCCUGCUGCUUGCUCCAGGCUCCUCCCCACGCAAAGAGCAGCUGCUGCCCCACAGGGGACAAAUGUGACAGACGGAGAGGUACAGCUGUACGACCAUUUCACUUCCCUAGAAUGCAAAACUGUUUUGCUUUGCAUCCAAAAUGCUACACAAGAACAUACUGCUGUCAGCAGCAGCUAAACCAUAGGCCCCCUGCAGAGCGAGGGGUGCGGGGCUGGGGGCUUUGGGAGCAUCUCCUGCAGUGCAGUGGGAGCUGCAGUGUGCACAGAAAGGGCUGAGUCCUGCAGGUCACUCAUGAAAGGUCACAGCAUCCCCGAAUGCAGUGAGGGGCAUUUCUUUCUGCAGCAGAGCGGUUUCACUGUCCCAGUACCUCUAGGUAUAGGGAGAGCAGACCUGACAGCUCAUCUGAUUUACCAAGGACAUCGGCUGUGCUGGGAAAGCCAUGGUGGAUGCAGUUAACUCCGGGUGAUCCGGGCAAAAAUGGUAAACACGCGUGGGAUUGGGUGCUGCCGGUGAAUGCUUCUGUAAAAGAGAAACUCGGAGUCUUUCUCUGUGCAGUGUUUUGGCACCUGGGAGACCAGCAGUUGGUUAAGGAGAGCGCACCGUAUAAAUAGAACAACGUUCAGCGUGGCUGCGUGAGGCUGUCGGUCUCAUGUUAUUCCUCUGUGUGUGUGGUUAUAAAUAGGGGAUGCUGGGCGGCGUGGGACCUGCGUGGGGCAGGAGGUGCCCUGGGGUAACCCAGAGCUUCACCCACACAGCUCCGUGCCUCAGCCCCUGCCCAGAGACAUUCAGUGGAGCAUCUCAAAGCGAGCCGAGUGCUCCUCAUCCCAGAGCAGCCCCAGGUGGAUCUUCCUGCUCCGAGCGGGCGCUUUGCCCGGCUCCCCAAAAGCGCAGCGUUAAUUUCAUCCCCAUCACUGACUCAGAGCUCCACAGAGCAGCUGUGGCCGCGGUGCCGCUGUGUGCUCUGCCCCAGGGCUGCGGCUCAGCCACCGCACAUCGGCCGAGAGCCACAGGAGAAUCUCUGCAGUGCAACCCGGGGAGCAGGCGUCUCAGCGCCCCGAUUCAUCCACCCAGAGAGAAGCAGCUGGAAAACCUCUGCGCACGAAUGGGAAUUGGGUAAAAAAUCACAACUGCGAGGUGGAGAACAGAACGUGGCCGCAGCGCAGUGCUCUCACUGCAUGACAAAGUGAAUGUUUUCAGUUGGGUUCAUUUGCUCCCCACUGGGAAAUCACUCCUGGUCCUGCAGCCCCCAGCCCUACAGCUCGACCGCAGUGCUGGGUGGGGGGCAACGAGAACAGCGGGACGGCAGCAUGCCCCUUCCCAGCCCCAGUGCAGGACGAGGGCGAAGCUGUCGUCAAGGCUUCCUCAGGACAAUCCUUGCAUAUUUGCAAUGCAUUCCCAGAGUGUUCGCCCCUCCCCUGCCUGCAGCAGGGAACUCAUUUAUGGCAUUGCCCACCGUGGGAGCGGAGCAGGUCCCGCUCUGCACUUAGCCAAGCGCUGUCACGGCCGUGUUUGUGCACUGAUGUCAAUGCCACCGCCCUCAGCCCCAGCCGUGCCGGGGUGCCCUCAUCCCAGCUGGUGGUCUGCUCUGCUUCUCAGCAAACAAUCCCAGCAGUGAUUAAGCAGGGACAUUACUGUUCUAGCUUGUUUUCGCGAUUCAAUUCAAGGUGCUCGAGACAAAUAAAUGCACUGGUGAAAGCGGCCGAGAUCAAAGCAGCACCUCUCCCGGCUGGGAGCAGGCCAGGCGCUUUAUGGCAGGUGCUGUGUGCCUGGCCAGCGCUCAACUGACAGCUUUCCAAGCACAUAAAAACUUAAUAGGCUGAAAAUAGAGUUUGUGGUCACAGACUGACAGCAGCGGCGCUGGCAGCAUGGGGCCGCUCCGUGCACGAGCUCCAGGGGAGCGAGGCUGGGUAAUUCGGGCAGGAUCCACAGUGGGAUGCAGGUGCCAGGGCUCCCAGAUCACAGAGCCCAGCGAGGGAGGCAGUGGGAUAUCCCAGAGCCCGGGGAAAGCCGUGCAGCUGACUCUGUUCGCAGCCCCCGUGAUGCAAGCACCCCAAGCACUGGGGCUCCUGCUUUAUGCGCAGAGCUCUGCUGCCCCUCCACCUCCCCGUGCAAUAAAAAAGAGUCAUGUAAUCUCAUAAUGCAACUUCUCGCUGGAAAUUGAUGACGAAGUGCAUUGUGUUGCCUGCUCCCAUCCUGCGGGUCCCACGUGCCCUUGCUCAAGUGCAAUGAGAGCAGCGGGAAGACGAAGGCCGAGCCACACAGCGCGGGGCUUCUCUCCAAGCAGGAGGGACGCGUGUGCGGUGUGACACAGCCCUGGUGCGGGAAAAGAAAUGCACGAGCACGGGGCCGCAAAGCAGCACUGCCUCCAUCCCAACACCUGUGACAGCAGCCAAGCACACCGCUGUGUGCGUGCUGCCUGCGCAGCCCUGCGUUGGUCAGCGCUGUGUUUGUCACUGGGGGAUUUUAGAACGGGGCUGCUCCUGCCCUUGUCGCGUAUGCGUGGAUCUUGUUGCACAGGGCCUGUGACCAGAGUGAAGCCCCGGAGGUGCCACCGCUGUCCUGCAGCUGCACACGAUGGAAGCUGCGCACGCAGCUUGCACCCAUCUGCAGAGCACCUCCCAAACACAUCGGUGCGUCUGCACCCGCACGGGGUAACGCGCUGCGGCAUCCACCGGCUGCUCCGGGGAGGAGCUGGGAGCCCAGAGCGGACCUGCAGGGCCCCAGCGGCACUCCCAGCCCAGCAGCACCACUGCUCCCGGCCCGGAUGGGCAGAGCUCAUUUUUGAAGGAGAUGCGAUCUGCCGCAACACACGACUCGGGAGAAGCAUUUUUCUAUUUUAAAAAAAAUG